CAGUCGCUUCCGUCGCGUCCGCCCAGCAAGUACUGUCGCGACACGGCGUAAACCGCUGUUACCUAUUUAUUUUUUCAUUAUUGUUUAUUUUUCAUUCCGUUUCGCGCUGUGCCGUCCGUCAGUGUGUAUUCGUUGUUCGUCCGCGGUCGCAUUCACGACGCUCGCGAACACGCUUGUUCUCGCCACACCGGUCGACGGUUUUUAUAGUAUUAUUAUAAAUAAUAUAAUAUAAUAUUAUUAUCGAACGAUAUUAUUAUUUUUCGCGACAACAACAUACGAACUAUUAUUGACAUCGAACAUUUUUUAUUUUAAAAUAUUAAUUUAUCGACGACGGCAGUUUCAUUCGCGGGUCGUGGAAAAACAAACAUUUGACGUUUUACGAUUUUUUUUUUCGACUACGUGUUCUCCACAUGGAUAACUCUCCGUCCUGAACGCCGUAGACAGACCGCGAGCAGCACACAAGCCAACGUUGAGAAAUGGUAGCGGACACGGCCAGCAGUUAUCAUCAUCAACAGAAAACUCAGCAGCAGCAGCCGCAGCAACUUAACCAGCACCAGCAUCAACAACAGCAACAACACCACCACCAGCAACAGCAGCAGAAACUCCACCAGCAACAGCAACAGCAACUUCACCAAAUCCACUUGCAACGCCAACAACAGCAACAGCAGCAACAAAAUAGUGGCGGAAACAUGCCACAGUAUUGUAGUGAUAUGGAACAGUCGGGCGGUCCCGGGAGCAUGAGGUACGAUGACUCGGUAUCUCCCGGACCGGAAUCGCCAGGACCUGGUGAACCUUACCCACCCGGGUUUGAUCUGACAGCGCACCUACAACACAAGGAGUUCUUUGCUCAGCGCAAGCAGCGUGAGUUUAUACCGGAUAACAAGAAGGACGAGAGCUACUGGGACCGGAGGCGGCGGAACAACGAGGCGGCUAAACGAUCCCGUGAAAAAAGGAGGUUCAACGACAUGAUCCUCGAACAGCGGGUGGUCGAGCUCAGCAAGGAGAACCACGUACUCAAGGCCCAACUCUCAGCCAUCAAGGACAAGUUCGGCAUCAGUGGCGAGGCUGUGGUCAGCGUUGAACAGGUUAUGGCUUCUCUGCCUACAAACGAACAAGUAUUGAGCAUCACGAAACGCCCGAAACUGUCCACGUCGUCUUCGUCCUCGUCAGUGGGUUACUCUCAAAACGGGUCCGGUCCCAUACCCACUUCGGUCAUACACCAGCCUGUCCAGUCGACCACACCCAAAAUGAACGGCUCUUACUAUGGCGGCGCACAGUCCGACUGCGACAGCCCUGUCGACCAACACCAACUUCAGCAACAACAGCAGCAACAGCAACAGCACCAGCACCAACAGCAGCAGAGUGACCGUUCAAACGGCGUUGGUGGCUUGCAGAUGUCCGUGGCCGCCGCAGCCGUGGCCGCCGCGGCCCAAGCCGGGUACCCUCCGUACCCGUUUGCGCCCGUCCUGCCACCACUGCAGCCGCCGUCGUUCGAAGCCGCCGCCAACAGCGUGCUGAACCUCAGCCGCCGGCCACAGUCUCCUUACGAGCUGAGCAGCGGCAGCGGUGACGACACAUCAUCGUCUUGCGUGCCCAUAUCUUUGGCGUUCGUGGCCGCGGCUGCUGCCGCAGCGGCCGGUGGAGUAGUCGGACCGGGUGGCUCGUUGGUCGGAAACAACAACAACCAGAAUAACAACAAUCACCUUCAUCAGCACCGACACCGGCACCACUUCAACGGCAACGGCAUGAUGGCCAUGAUGACCGGUGGCGGCGGCGGAGGUAUACCGAUCGCGGUCCUCAACGGCAACAACAACGGCGUCUCCAUGGUCCACGCCAACGACAACAACUCUGCAGGCAUCAACGGCAACAACAUCGCAGCGAUCGUCAACAGCGGCGGCGGGGGUAACGGUGGCGGCAACUGUCUGCCACACAAACUCCGCCACAAGACUCACUUGGGCGACAAGGACGUGGCGGCCACUGCGUUGCUGUCCCUGCAGGCCAUCAAGCAGGAACCCGGAAGCAGUCGGGCCAGUCCACCGUGGGACGCGGAGGGAAGCAGCGACGAGCGCGACUCUGGCAUCAGUCUGGGCGUCGAAUGGGGCGUCCGGCCGUCGUCCGCUUCGGUAGCCGCGUGCCCGACGGCCGCCUCGGUGGCCGCGCCCCGAGCCGCCGCCAUGCAGUCACCGGCCGCCGCCACCAUGGGUGGCGAACCGGCCGACGGUGCCGUGCACGCGACCGCCCCGACGGCCGCGGCCGCCGCCGACGACACCAGGCUCAAGUCCGAGGUGGCCCGGCUAGCUUCCGAGGUGGCCAGCCUCAAGAACAUGUUGUCGUCCAGGAAGUCGGCCACCGCUGCUCCGGCCCAGUCCACCACCGUUGCGGUCAACUAAUCGCGGCCGCAGGCCAUGAAGACGGAUACAAUAAUAAUAUUAUUGU